UUUAAAGUUGCACCUACCUUAUCAUUUUCUUAUAAUCAGGCAAAUUAUCACCACAAAUCUUGCAGUUGUUGCUACUGAGCUCUGUUAUAUUUGCAUUGCAGAGAGAGGAAAGCAAAGCGAAGAUGACGAUCACUGUUCCCAGCCGACAGCUGUUUGUCGAUGGCGAGUGGAAAGAGCCAAUCCUCAAGAAACGAAUUCCUAUCAUCAAUCCCUCCACUGAACUCAAAAUUGGAGAUAUUCCAGCUGCUACGGCGGAGGAUGUGGAGCUUGCAGUGGCUGCUGCUCGGAGAGCCCUGAUCAGUAAGAAGGGUAAACAUUGGGCAACAGCUUCUGGGUCCGUUCGUGCUCGGUAUUUGCGAGCUAUCGCUGCUAAGAUAAUAGAAAGGAAGUCUGAACUGGCAAAACUUGAAGCAAUUGAUUGUGGAAAACCACUGGAUGAAGCAUUGUGGGACAUGGAUGAUGUUGCUGGUUGCUUUGAGUACUAUGCUGACCUCGCUGACGGAUUGGAUGCAAAACAAAAGGCUCCCAUACCUCUUCCCAUGCAAACCUUCAAGAGUCAUGUUCUUAGGGAGCCCGUUGGAGUCGUUGCAUUGAUUACUCCUUGGAACUAUCCUCUAUUAAUGGCUGUGUGGAAAGUUGCUCCUGCCUUGGCUGCUGGUUGUACUGCAAUAUUGAAGCCAUCUGAGUUGGCAUCUGUGACCUGUUUGGAGCUGGGUCAGAUAUGUAGAGAUGUGGGCCUUCCUUCAGGUGUCUUGAAUAUUCUAACUGGAUUAGGCCCUGAAGCUGGUGCUUCUUUGGCAUCACAUCCUCAUGUAGACAAGAUUGCCUUUACUGGAAGCACUAUGACUGGGAGCAAGAUUAUGUCAACAGCAGCUCAACUGAUCAAGCCUGUUUCACUAGAGCUUGGUGGAAAAAGCCCAAUUGUUGUUUUCGAGGAUGUUGACCUUGAUAAAGCUGUUGAAUGGACCAUGUUUGGCUGCUUCUGGACAAAUGGUCAGAUUUGCGCUGCCACUACCCGUCUUAUUAUACAUGAAAGCAUAGCCGAACAAUUUUUGAAUAGGCUUGUGAAAUGGAUUAAAAACAUCAAGAUAUCAGAUCCCUUGGAAGAAGGUUGCAGGCUAGGUCCAGUCGUUAGUAAAGGACAGUACGAAAAGGUAUUGAAGUUCAUCUCAACUGCUAGGAGUGAGGGGGCCACAAUUUUGACUGGUGGAUCUCGCCCUAGGCAUUUAAAUAAGGGUUUUUUUAUUGAACCAACUGUCGUUACGGAUGUAACUACCUCUAUGCAAAUUUGGAGAGAAGAAGUUUUUGGACCUGUUCUAUGUGUAAAAACAUUUAGUACUGAGGAAGAAGCUAUUAAACUAGCAAAUGACACCCAGUAUGGCUUAGCUGCUGCUGUGAUAUCAAAUGACCUAGAAAGAUGUGAACGCUUAACAAAGGCUUUUCAGGUGGGAAUUGUAUGGAUCAAUUGCUCUCAGCCGUGCUUCACUCAAGCCCCAUGGGGAGGCAUUAAACGUAGUGGAUUUGGUCGUGAAUUAGGAGAAUGGGGGCUUGAAAACUAUUUGAGUGUAAAGCAAGUGACUCAAUAUACAUCAGAUGAACCUUGGGGGUGGUACCAGUUUCCUCCAAAGCUGUGAUAGCUGACCAUGUAAAUUAAUUAAUCAUAAUUUGUUGUAUUUAAAACCGACGCGGAACUCGGAAGGACGAAUCUGAGUCUUCAAAUUUAAGUUUCUAAAACAUAUUAUGAGACUGGUUUGUGGUCAAGUUUAUGCUUUGCUGUGCUCUUAAUUUGGUCAUAGCAUAUUAUAUUAUCAGUUCUUCCUUGUAUGGUUGCAUUUGAGCAUAGAUGAGUUGAAGGGAAUUAGUGUUA